AUGCGUCGUACAUAUAACAUCGCUAUGGUUAGCGACUUCUUCUUCCCGCAGCCAGGAGGAGUCGAGAGCCACAUUUAUCAGCUGUCCACCAAAUUGAUUGACCGUGGCCACAAGGUCAUCAUAAUCACCCACCAAUACCCAGGGAGGACCGGUGUUCGAUAUCUCACCAAUGGUCUCAAGGUGUACCAUGUACCUUUUCUGGUCAUGUACCGCUCGGCCACAUUCCCAACCGUCUUUUCAUUCUUUCCCAUAUUCCGCAACAUUGUCAUUCGUGAGCAAAUCGACAUAGUUCACGGCCAUGCCAGCUUGAGCAGUCUCUGUCACGAGGCAAUUCUUCACGGGCGCACCAUGGGGUUGCGCACCGUCUUCACCGACCACUCGCUCUUUGGAUUCGCUGAUCCAGCCAGCAUUCUUACCAACAAACUGCUAAAAUUCACCCUGAGUGACGUCGACCAUGUCGUGUGCGUGAGCCACACCUGCAAGGAGAACACCGUCCUCCGCGCCUCACUGGAUCCUCUGAUGGUAUCAGUCGUUCCCAACGCCGUUGUGGCUGAGAACUUCAGACCAGUCAACUACACGGCUGCUGGCGAGCAGACAACACCGCCGCCGCCGCCAGGUCCCCAUGACAUGAUUACGAUCGUGGUGAUCUCGCGUCUCUUCUAUAACAAGGGCACAGAUCUUCUCACGGCCGCCAUUCCGCGCAUAUUGGGCAGCCACCCUAACACUCGAUUCAUCAUAGCCGGCGAUGGGCCCAAGUCGAUUGACUUGGAGCAGAUGAUUGAACAGAACGUUUUGCAGGAUCGGGUUGAGAUGCUGGGCCCAGUCCGCCACGAGGACGUGCGCAACGUCAUGAUUCGAGGCCAAAUAUACCUGCAUCCGUCGCUGACCGAGGCUUUUGGUACCGUCAUUGUCGAGGCAGCCAGCUGUGGCCUCUACGUGGUCUGCACCCAGGUCGGCGGCAUUCCCGAGGUGCUGCCUUCGCACAUGACCGUCUUUGCACGGCCCGAUGAGGACGACCUGGUGGCAGCAACUGGCCGUGCGAUCGCUGCUCUUCGUUCUGGGCGCGUCCGUACCGAGCUGUUCCACGAACAGGUCAAAACCAUGUACUCAUGGAAGAACGUGGCCAUGCGUACUGAGCGCGUCUACGAUGGUAUUUCGGGGGCCAUCUCCGAGGCCGAGUUCUACGGUUAUGACGGCCCAGCAGGAGGUGGACCUGGCUUGCCGAGCUUUGCCCUAAUCGACCGUCUCAAACGUUACUAUGGAUGUGGCAUAUGGGCCGGCAAACUCUUUUGCCUUUGUGUAAUCGUCGACUACUUGAUCUUCCUAUUCCUCGAGUUCUGGUUCCCUCGAGAUCAAAUCGACAUUUGUCCCGACUGGAGCAGAUCCCAUAAAAGGAAGGCUCUGCGGGGAACCAGCCACACUAAUGGGGGUGGUGUGUCAAGGCAGAGUACAGAGAACAGAGAAUACGAUCAAGGACGCAUCAAAGCACACAUUGCCUGA